GCCAUGACAUCACGCAUCUCGGCACCGGUCUGCUGCCAGUCUGCCACAGACAGCUGAGGAUUUCCAGACGGGGGAUCCCGGCUCGGUACGGCCUUUAUAUUACCAUAGGUUGGAAUUUGCAGUUUAAAUGGCGAAAACGUACGAUUAUCUCUUCAAACUGUUGCUCAUCGGAGACAGCGGAGUCGGCAAGACAUGUCUGCUGUUCAGAUUCAGCGAGGACUCCUUCAACACCACCUUCAUAUCCACAAUAGGAAUCGAUUUCAAAAUCAGAACAAUAGAACUGGAUGGAAAGAGAGUCAAACUUCAAAUUUGGGACACUGCAGGGCAGGAGAGGUUUCGCACCAUCACUACAGCUUACUACAGAGGGGCAAUGGGCAUUAUGUUGGUCUAUGACAUCUGCAAUGAGAAGUCCUUUGAAAACAUCAAAAACUGGAUUCGAAAUAUUGAAGAGCAUGCCUCAUCUGAUGUUGAGAAGAUGAUCCUAGGGAACAAAUGUGACAUGACUGACAGGAGACAGGUGUCAAAAGACAGAGGUGAAAAACUGGCCAUUGAUUAUGGAGUGAAGUUCUUGGAAACAAGUGCAAAGUCGAGCCUAAAUGUAGAGGAGGCUUUUUAUACCAUGGGAAGGGAUAUACUACAUAACCUGAGCUCAAAGACGACCGACAAUAGUGCUGGAGGAACAGGCAAACCAGUCAAGAUCACAGAGAAAAAGUCGAAGAGGAUAAAAUUCUUCAAGUGUUCGCUCCUCUAGGCUGCUCAGCUCUAGUGCUCAUGGCCCUUUGCGUGACUUUGCUGUUUUUGGACGAUUGCUGCCUCCUGGGUGUCCUCGCAGCGGCGGCAGCAGUGGUGAUAAUGGGCCUUACUGCAGGUGACGCUCACGAGUGGUUGAGGUGCCAUCCUGAUCUGCUGCUGACUAGAACAGGAUUGAUGAGGAAUGAGAUCCCGUAUAACCGCUCAUGCAAAAGACUUGUGCAUGAUGGUCAGCAUUGGUUUGUAGCCUGGCCUGCAGUGUCUGCUCACAGGAGUGAUUCUGUCAGCAUUUAUAAUACCUCUGUUGGAUCCAAUGAAAAUAGACUUUAUUAAAUACAAUAAAGUUACACAUAGUUGUCUUAUAAAUGGGAAAAAAAGAAAACAUUCUUUCAAAACUGUAGCAUUGUUUUAUACCACUACCUAUAUUUACUAUGCCGAUGCUGUCAUCAAGUUGCAGCAUUGAUUGUAUUUGUCUGUGUAUAUUAAUAUGCCUAUAGUCUCCUGUCGCACUGGCAUUAUUUCUAUUUGUUCAUGUGUGCCUCGAAGGAGUUGCAGUAUUGUGAUAGAAAAGACAAAACUAUGUAUAAAUAUAACCUCCUGUAUUUUUAUUCUCUUUGAUGAAACCUUUAUUUAUACAGGUUUCUGUGUCAAAAUGAAACUGUGAAAGGUCUGAUUGUUUCUCGGGAGCUGUUCCUAAAUACAUAUUGUUAUGCGAUUGUCAGUAUUUGCAUGAAAGCUAUAAGGAUACCUCUGAGUGGAACAUUAUUAAGCACAUUUUACAGUAUCUGAAAAGAAAACGUUUACAGGCAGUGUUUGAAAGUGUCAGUCGUAUAUAGGAAGUUCAUGUUUUUUGGUGUUUACAUAGUGUUGUAAUGUCAAACAAUUAAUUGAUGUGUAUAUACUUUAUUCUCAGACAUCCAACAUGAAAACACAAUGACUGGGGAAAGCUGUAAUGUGAAUGAUUGUAAGCUACUGUAAGUCAAACUGGUGAAAGACAGUAAAGAAAGUGGAUAUUGAAGAGAAAGAGAGUUGUGUUGAUUUUCAUUAUCCACACAUGACUGAAAAUGUUAAA